ACUGCGUUGAAUAAAAUGUAUUCUGUAUUCCUGUAUAAUAUCUGAUCUCUGCAAUUCUGCGUUUGAUGACCAUAAUGUGGAUAGACCACACUACCACAGUCAGUAAAAGAUCGUGUGAAUGUGGGAUAAUAUGUCUAAUGUCUAUAUCACUAUUAUGUGAUUACUUUAAUCAUUAUUUUUAUAUUUUUAUGUUCUCAUGACUUGAUGACUAUAAUCAAUAAUCAUUGUUCGAUAGACUGUCGUAGUCACUAUAAUUUUAUAUAGUCUGUACUCAACGCAGUACGCACGGUAGUUAACUACUGGCUAAUUGUUAUUGGCUUCAACUGAUUGCUUGAUACUUAUUUUACUACAGUAGUUCGGUGCUAUUAAUAAUUGAUAUUAAAUAUUUUGUUAUUUUAUUGAUAAACUUUGAAACUAAAAAUAUCUGUUAUAAUUAUUAAAUAAUGAUGUAGUUAAGUUCAGUAACUUAACACUGGAUGUCGCUAAUCUGUAUACAGUACCUACAUAAAAAUAGUAGAGGCGAUGUCGGAAUUUAUUAUUAUUUAAAAUUAACUUAUUCGCAAUUCAUAACAGUCGGUAGUCGGUACUCGAACAGUCUUUAAAUGAUAAAUUAUAAUUAUUAGUUAAUACUUCUUACCAAUCUGGUCAAGUGGAUUUUAUUAUAUUUAAAUCGCAAAUUAAUUUAUAGUAAAAUAUAAAUCGAAAUGGAUAGCUUUCAUUUGCCCUGCAACAAAAUAAAAGAUGAAUAUCAAAAAUGUUUCAGUUCUUGGUUCACUGAAUGUUAUAUGAAAGGCGAUUAUGAUGACAAAAGGUGUGCCCAAAAAUUUGAUCAAUAUCAAAAGUGCCUUCGAGAAGGUAUGCAAGUACAUGCUUUGGAUAUUGAAGACGUAUUAAAACCUUACUUGGGAACAGAACGCAUGAAGAAGUGAAGUUACAAUACAUUUUUUUUAUAUUAUGAAACAACUAAUAUGCUUAAAAAUAAAAUGAAUUUAGUAAGUACUUAGGUAUUUGUAAUAGCUUGAAAUGUAUCUUAAUAUUUCUUAAUUUAGGUUCCUAUAAGUUAUAUUAACUUUAGCUGUUGAGUAAUUUUAUGUAAUAUUUUAAGAGUAUUAAUUGUACGUAUGUAUUAGGUAUCUUUCUAUUUGUGUUAUACUUACUACUUAGUUAUCAAUACAUACAAUUAUUGUCAAUCUAUUUAUUACAAUUUAAAUGUUCAUACAGUUUUACAAUAAACUCGGUUAUUUAUUAUGAGCGCUAUAUUAUCUGUACCUACAUUGAGUAUAAUACAACAAAAUAUAAUCUAGUAUAUUUCUAGUAGUGGCAGAAGUUUUGUUAUAAAGUGUAUUUUAAUUCCAUUUGAUGUUAGAUGAUCUAGUAAAUUAUGUUAUAAGCCUCAUUGAAACUGUUAAUAUUUUGGUUGUUUAUGCAAAUGGAGGAUACAAAAAAUGUAGGAUACAUAACUUAUAAUAGAUAAGUAGUAAAUAGUAAAUUAGUAGUAAAUUUACCAGGAGCCAAGUGAAGAACAGUUUGUUCCACCAAUGAGUUUUCUUCAGAUAAAUAAAGUUAUAUUAAAUAUAAAAGUUAUUAGACCGUUAUUACCGACAACAUUAUUGUAAAUUUAGUAGUUACUUCGUCAUAUCUGCUAUAAAUAAAUCAAUGCUCUUUUUUGUA